AUGAUCUGCACAUCCUGCGGCGAGGACUCGGUGCUCGAGAUGACCGAGCACGCCCAGACGGUCUGCACUCGCUGCGGCACGGUCCUGUCGGAGAAUGCGAUUGUCAGCGAGAUCCAGUUCGGUGAGACGGGAAGCGGUGCGGCGAUGGUCCAGGGUAGCUACGUUGGAGCGGAUCAGACCCGCGCACGCGCUCCCGGUGGCUUCCGCCAGCGAGGCGUCCAGAGUCAGGAAUCGAGGGAGCAGACGCUUGCCAACGGUCGGCGACGAAUCAUGGAGCUCGCAACCGGUCUACGCCUCAGCGAGCAUCUUCAGAACGUCGCAACCCGGUUCUUCAACCUCGCCGUCAACAUGAGUUUCACCAAGGGUCGCAGGACGCAGUAUGUCGCGGCAGCGUGCCUGUACGCUGCAUGCAGGCAAGCGAACGGCACGCAGAUGCUCAUCGACUUUUCGGAUUUGCUCGAGAUCAACGUCUUCGUCCUCGGCUCGACAUAUCUCAAGCUCGUCCGCCAGCUCAACAUCAACAUCCCCGUCGUCGACCCCGUCAUCUACAUCACCCGCUUCGCCGCCCUCCUCGACUUCGGCGAAGAGACGCAGAAAGUUGCGCUCGAUGCGACUCGCCUCGUCAACCGCAUGGGCCGCGACUGGAUGCAGAUCGGUCGUCGUCCGUCCGGCAUCUGCGGCGCGUGCUUGCUCCUCGCUGCGCGGAUGAACAACUUCCGCCGCAGUAUCGAGGAGGUUGUCCAGGUCGUCAAGAUUGCGGAUGUGACGUUGAGGAAACGACUCGCCGAGUUCAAGGAGACGGCGAGCGGGAACUUGACUGUGUCGGAUUUCCGCUCGAUCUGGCUCGAGGAGACGCACGACCCGCCUGCGUACGCCGUCGGGCUCAAGAAGGAGGAAGAGGCGCGCAAGGAGCAGGCGAGGAAGAUGCGCGAGGACUCGAUUGCGGCGAGUGAGACGGACAGUGUGGUUGGCGACAGGGCGUUCCGCGAGUUGGCGGAGCGGGAGGCGACGGCUGAUGCGGAGGACGACAUCGCUUCUUCCUCGCCGGUCAGGGAGCGUGCGCGCGGCAAGGAGAACGAGAUGGAAGUCGAGGGCGCGAUGCUGCCUCCGCCGAAACCGUCGGCCAAGGCGCUCGGCAAGCGAAAACGCGUCGAGCCUGAGGAGGAGGAGGAAGGCGGCGCUCCUUUGUCCGAUGCCGCUUCUGAGCGGGAAGACGUUGCGGAGGACCUGCUCGAGGGCGACGGGCACGAGCAGUACGAUGCGGUCAUCGAGGUCGAGCUGCAGAACUAUCUCGGCUCGAACGUCGGCGUCAAGCUCUCUCACGAGCUCGAGUCGCAGGAGCAGCAACGGCGCGCCAAAAUCUCACAGUCGCCGGCCUACGAGCUCGAUACGAACGACAGCCUCGAAGGGCUCGACGAGGAGGAGCUCGACGCGUUCAUCUGUACCGAGGAAGAGGUGCAGAUCAAGGCCAAGCUGUGGAUGGAGCACAACAAGGAGUACCUCAAGGAGUUGGCCGAGAAACAGACAGGUCCAGAUGGCGAGCUCAAGCCAAUCAACAAGCGUCCGCGGAAGAAAACAAAGCCUCGCGACGGCGCGAACCCGACGGGCUUGACAGCUGCCGAUGCGACGACCAAGAUGCUCGAGAAGAAGAAGUUCUCGAAGAAGAUCAACUACGAUGCCAUCAAGAACCUCUUUGCAUCGGGCGACUCGGACGCCGGCUCGACGUACGGCGGCGACGACGACGAGGGCGACACCCCGCUCAUCGGUCAGACCUACGGCCGCAAGGGCAGCCGCGUCGGGACGCCUAUCGUCACACCUGAGCCAACUUGGCGGCAGGGCAGCCGUGCGCCGAGCGAGGCGCCGUCCGUCGGUGGUAGGAGCGCUCUCAGUCGCGAGGUCGCGAACGCUGCGCACGAUGACGAGGGCGAGGAGGAGGACCACGAGCCGGAGCAGCGCGAGGAGGACGACGAGGGUUGGCGGUCGCAGUUUGCGACGCAGGCCGAGGGCGACGAGGAGGAGUUCGGAUACGACGAGGUGUGA